UGGCAGUUUAAAAUUGUCUUUUGUCUUCCUUUCUUUUUUCUGUUCUCCUUCUCCAGGGAGAGAGUGAGCCUUAUCUGGUUAAUUCAUAUCCAGAAUUCGUUACAACCAAUAACAGCUUUAUAGACCCACCAAGACCCUCUUGUUCCUCUCAUUCCAAAGACUCGAGCUUUGGUUUCAGGAAAAGAAUUCAUUGCUCAUUUGUCUGUAUAAUGGCGAGUUGUUCAAGCUUCACUACCAUCUGCUCUCUUAAUUCUCCAGAUAAACCAGGACUCAAUUUGUGGCUAUGGAUGUAUACAUACGCAGGAAUUAUUGGGAUUUCAGUUCCUGGGAGGGUUAUUCAAGUCAACAAAGUUUUCCAAACCUCCAAAGGUUCAAAGUCUCGGUCUUUGGAGGUCAAGGCAACAGAUGGUAACAAAACCGUCAAACCAAGGAGCAUAGUCUGUACUGGCUGUGAGGGCAACGGAGCUGUAGCAUGUUCUCAGUGCAAAGGCUCAGGAGUCAAUUCCGAGGACCACUUCAAUGGUCGGUUUAAAGUUGGCGGAAUGUGCUGGUUAUGCAGGGGUAAAAGGGAGAUGCUCUGUGGAAGCUGCAAUGGAGCUGGCUUUCUUGGGGGGCUCAUGAGCACCAUCGAUGAUUGACAAAGGCGAGUGCUAUCGCCUAUCUGUUGCGGACAACUGUGGAAAUGAGGAGCGUAAAGGGUCGGUUUCUGUAUAAGUACUCACAGUCGCAGAGAUUUAUCUGCUGUGGUAUUAUCGUAUCAAGAACGCAGAUUAGUAAUGUGAAGCAUCGUCAUAUCGUUUCGUACAUUGCUUAGCCAGGUUUCAGUGAGUUGGCACUCCAGCUUGUGGAGAUGCAUAGUUUCUGUAAGUUUUUGAUUCCAGGGAGAACUAAUGCAGGGG